CGUCUGAGUCCCCGGCCCCGCUCCACGGUUCUGCUAGUCGCUGGUUGUUGCGCCCGACAGCCGAGGCUCUCCGGGGGGUCGCGACGAUUCAGGUUCGGUAGAAACGCUCGCAACCCACAGCACGUCCAAAAGAUAAAAUGCCCGCAAAGCCUGGCAGAAAGGCGAAGGCUUAAAACACGGGAAAGCAUUUUCUCCUCCCGCAUUUGACAACGAAAAAGGAGCCACCAUGCCGACUGUGGUGGUGAUGGAUGUUUCCCUCUCAAUGACUCGGCCAGUCUCCAUUGAGGGCUCCGAGGAGUAUCAGAGAAAGCAUCUAGCAGCUCAUGGCCUGACCAUGCUGUUUGAGCAUAUGGCCACAAACUACAAACUGGAAUUUACAGCCUUGGUUGUAUUUUCAUCCCUCUGGGAACUGAUGGUUCCCUUCACAAGAGACUACAAUACACUCCAGGAAGCUCUGAGUAAUAUGGAUGAUUAUGACAAAACAUGCCUGGAGUCGGCCUUGCUAGGUGUUUGUAAUAUUGUACAACAGGAGUGGGGUGCUGCCAUUCCCUGCCAGGUUGUCCUUGUCUCGGAUGGCAGCUUGGGCAUCGGCAGGGGCUCCCUCCGCCAGUCAUUAGCUACUCUCAGCCAGAGAGGUGAAAGCAGCCGCUUCCCGCUGCCUUUCCCCUUCCCCUCAAAGCUGUACAUCAUGUGCAUGGCCAAUCUGGAGGAGCUCCAGAACUCAGGUUCGUUAGACUGUCUGGAACGGCUCAUAGAUUUAAACAAUGGGGAAGGGCAGAUUUUUACUAUUGAUGGACCCCUCUGCUUGAAGAAUGUACAGUCCAUGUUUGGAAAGCUCAUCGACGUGGCUUAUACACCCUUCCACGCUGUCCUGAAAUGUGGCCACCUCUCCUCGGAUGUGCAAGCAUUUCCAAGGCCUGAACCUUUUGUUAUUGAUGAGGAAAUCGAUCCAAUCCCCAAAACAAUUAAUACAGAUUUGGAAAUAGUUGGGUUUAUCGACAUAGCGGAUAUCUCGAGCCCCCCUGUCCUCUCUCGGCACCUGGUAUUGCCCAUUGCCCUCAACAAAGAAGGUGAUGAGGUGGGCCCAGGGAUCGCUGACGACGUUGAAGAUGAGAAUUCGGCUAACCAGAUCGCGGGGAAGGUCCCCAACUUCUGUGUGUUGCUGCACGGCAGUCUGAAGGUGGAAGGCAUGGUGGCCAUUGUGCAGUUAGGUCCGGAGUGGUACGGGAUGCUGUACUCGCAAGCUGACAGCAAGAAGAAGUCCAACCUAAUGAUGUCGCUCUUCGAGCCAGGAGCAGAGCCACUCCCAUGGCUGGGGAAGAUGGCCCAGCUCGGCCCCAUCUCAGAUGCGAAAGAGAACCCAUAUGGUGAAGAUGACAACAAAAGCCCCUUUCCCUUGCAGCCCAAGAAUAAACGCAGUUAUGCACAGAAUGUAACGGUGUGGAUUAAACCAAAUGGCCUCCAGACAGAUGUACAGAAGAUACUUAGGAAUGCAAGAAAACUUCCAGAAAAAACACAGACCUUCUACAAGGAGCUGAAUCGCCUGCGGAAAGCGGCCCUGGCCUUUGGCUUUCUGGACCUGUUGAAGGGGGUGGCGGAUAUCCUCGAGAGGGAGUGCACGCUGCUCCCGGACACGGCACACCCGGACGCAGCCUUCCAGCUCACCCACGCUGCCCAGCAGCUCAAGAUGGCAAGCACGGGCACCUCAGAGUACGCCACCUACGACCACAACAUCACGCCCCUGCAGACGGACUUCUCUGGCAGCGGCACCGAGCGGAUGUGACGGCCCUCUCUGGGCCAGACCCUCCCGCGGAGAUCUGUGGGUCCGCCCUCCUCAGCAGGUGCAGUCUCUUAUUCUUGCUUUCCUUCCUUGCUCAGUGCAGGUUGGACUGGACUUUGUUAUUAAAUUUAUUACUUUUUUA